AUGUCUAUUCCAAAAGAGUCAACCUGCUUUAUAGUCAACGAACAGCCUUAUGCCAAGGUCAACUUCGAUCUCAAUGACGAAAAGAGCACUUUCAAGUUAACUACCAAACCAUUGAGGGAAAUUCAAAAUGGCGAGUUGCUCAUCAAAACCAUCUACCUCUCCAACGACCCUACACAAAGAGCAUGGAUCCAGAAAGGAAUGAAGGCAGACAGAAUGUAUGUGGAGCUUGUGGGGAAGAAUCAGAUUAUGAGAUCAGUGGGAAUUGGCCAAGUAGUUCAGUCAAAACUUGAAGGGUACCAGCCAGGUGACUAUGUUAACUGCGUUUUAAACUGGUCUGACUAUGCUAUUAUCAAAAAGGAUGCCAUCUACAAUAAAAUCACGAAUAAAUCGAUUCCGUUGACCCAAUAUUUGGAUGUAUUGGGAACUACUGGGAUCACGGCUUACGUUGCUCUUCAGAAGGUUAUAAGCUUGAAAUCAACAGAUACCGUAGUCAUCUCUGCCGCUUCUGGUGCUACAGGGAGUAUGUGUGUACAGAUAGCCAAGAAGGUCGUUGGGUGCAAAAAGGUGAUUGGAAUUUCAGGCUCAGAAGAUAAGUGCAAGUGGGUUGAAAGUUUAGGUGCAGAUGUCUGUGUCAACUACAAAAGCCCUACCUUUGCCAAAGACAUGAGUGCUGCACUUGGAAAGGAGAAGUUCUGUGACGUCUACAUGGACAGUGUCGGCGGAAAAAUCUUGGACGUUAUGUUGGGCUUGACCAAGCCAUUUGGUACAAUUCUUGCCUGUGGAGCCAUUGCAGGAUACAAUGACUUCAAGAGUUCCAUGAUUGCUAACUGGCCCCAAAUCAUUACAAACAGACUCACGGUUAAGGGGUUUAUUGUAUUGGACUUCAAGGACAGCUACCCUGAGGCGAUUCAAGCAAUUCUCAAGUGGAUCAAAGAAGGCAAAGUUAUAGCCAAUGAAUCAUCAUUUACAGUUGUGGAUUUGACUUCUCCAGGGGAUUUCAAGAAAAUUCCAGAAACAUGGGGGUUGCUUUUCUCCGAUAAAAAGGGGCCAGGUAAGUUGCUUACCAAGAUUGGAUCGUCAAAGCUUUAA